AGUGUAUUUAGGCCGGUUUUGGGAUCCCAGGACCCUUCCCUACAGCCCCGGGCAUGCUGUGAUGGGUGCUUUCACAGUGCAGGAAUAAGCAUGUUGUUCUUGGCUGUUCUAAAUAGCUUCCCAGUCUGCGGUGACAGAGAUUUGGAAACCCCUUUGGAUGGGAAUUUCCACAUGAUCAGGAGAAGCCAUGCGUUUCCUCGCCCAUUUCCACAAGCAUUUCGCUGGGAUGGCACCAAUGUUUAUGUAUUUAACCAACGUCUGUCUUUUCUGGAUCUCUGCAGGGAGAGGAUAGUGGUUAAAGCUCGAGCUGGAUGGAUGGGUAUGGGGAGAGGGGCAGGAUCCACAGCCCUGGGACUUUUCCAAAUCCUCCUUGUCUUUCUCUGCAUCUUCCCUUCAGUGACAUCCCCAUGCAAGAUCCUCAAGUGCAACUCUGAGUUCUGGGCGGCCACGUCAGGCUCCCACCACGUGGGCACAGAGGAGGCACCGGAGUUCUGCACGGCGCUGCGAGCCUACGCGCACUGCACCCGCCGCACCGCCCGCACCUGCAGGGGGGACCUGGCCUACCACUCUGCCAUGCAUGGCAUAGAGGAUCUCAUGGUGCAGUCCAAGGAUGGACCCACCUCACAGCCCCCCCUCUGAGUGUC